GCAAUGGAAUACCCAGCUCCAAGAGUUCCCAUUGAGGACCGUGGGAUCAUAUUCGACGCAUGUUGCCAUGUUCCCUCUAAAUCGUAUACCCAUCGAUUCCGCCCGCAAGGCCACCAUGGCCGACUCUAAAUCUCAAAGCUCUAAUGAGCCGUUUAAAGCAAAAGAGUUCGACAUGAUGAGGCGUGGUGUGAAAGGACCUUCACCAGUAGCUACCUUCACCUUCAUCGGCUUACGCACCCUCGACCUCCCGCUUCAGUAUGCACUCUUGCGCGGAGGACUUGGGGUAACACUACUCACGAAACUGGGCCUAACACCGAUUUCCGCGCAACCUGCUUUCCGGACCGGCCUCUCCGCAAUCGAUUCCUUGGAUCUACCGCUCCCGCAGCUGCUCAUGCUCCUGAUGACCGCAAGCAGUACAAUACGAAUUUAUUACUGAAUCCUGUUCCUCGCGAAGGAGAAGUUGUCAAUGUUCGCUGCUCUAUCUAUACCUGCCUUCAGUGUCCUCGUGAACAGCAUCGGCUCCAUCUUAAUCACUUGGGCUGCGACCUCGAGUAUCAAUUCCACCUGGCGCAUUCCCGGAAUCGACCUCCCCGCACCGAUUGUCAUCGGUUUCGUCGGAUAUCUUCUCGGCAGUCUACUUGAGACCGGCUCCGAGCACCAGAGGAAGGUGUUCAAGAACAAGCCGGAGAAUCAGGGAAAGAUCUGCACGGUGGGGUUCUGGAAAUAUGCUAGGCAUAUCAACUAUGGGGGAUUCAUCCUCUGGAGAUCGUCUUAUACCCUGGCGGCAUCGGAUUGGCUCGCAGGGCUGGCGACGGUAGCAUUUCAUGGGAAUGAUUUAGGGAAAAGAGGAGUUGCGGUGAUGAAUGACUACAUGUCACUCCGAUACGGAGAGCAGUGGAGGCAGUAUAAGGCAAAGGUGCCGUACAAGCUGUUCCCUGGAAUCUACUGAACUCGUAAACGGUGUGUUUUCUGUAUUAAACAUUGGGGAA